AUGAAGACGUAUGGCAAGACACCGGAUGGAACAGUCUUCAUCGUUCCAACUACUCAUGAUAUGGUGUCUCAACUACUUGAUCCACGACAGCCUAAGAACCUCUCGGAUGCCCUGGUACUCGCUAUUCUGGCAUUGCAUAUCCUGGCUGCCUACCUGCUCCCCGAUGGUCUCAAGAAGCCCGUGUUCGCCGCCAUCUUCCUUUGGUGGAGAGCUUCCUACAAUAUUGGCAUUGGAGUACUAUUGCGCGUCCAAUCGAAUCACAAGCUACUUGUGAAAUGGGCCAAGAAGUGGAGGCUAUUCGAGAACCCAGCUUCUGGUAACCAGCCACGGCCAUGGCUCUACAAGCUCUUGAAGAACGAACUCGAAGCCAAGAUUCCCGAGGACUACGAGUUUGAGCAAGCGCCUAUUGAAUACAAUACCUGGCUUGUCUUCCGCAGAGUUGUUGACUUGAUUUUGAUGUGUGACUUUGUGUCGUACUGUCUGUUCGCCAUUGUCUGCGCUCACCAGCCUGAAAGCGAAGGCCUCUCCCUAUUCCUUGGGCGUUGGGUUGUCGGAAUCGCAUUGUUCGGCUUCAACUUGUGGGUGAAACUUGACGCCCACAGAGUCGUGAAGGACUAUGCUUGGUACUGGGGUGAUUUCUUCUACCUCAUUGAGCAGGAAUUGACCUUUGAUGGGGUCUUCGAGAUGGCUCCUCACCCUAUGUACUCCAUCGGUUAUGCCGGGUAUUACGGCAUCUCUGCGAUGGCUGCAAGCUACGAGGUUCUCUUCAUCUCUAUUGCUGCUCAUCUUGCGCAAAUGAUCUUCCUUGUCGUGGUUGAGAAUCCCCAUAUCGAGAAGACCUACAACCCGCCUCCUCCACGAGUACGGUCUGACGGUGGUCGCGAAUCUUUUGGGUCACAGGAAAGUGAAACCAAGCCACCGAACCAGGAGGUCCCAUCGCAGAUUCACAACUUGCUUGGCUUCAAGAAUUUGGACCUUUUCCGGACCACUGACUAUGCAGUCAUCCUUCUAGUCUUCUAUACUGUCUGCAUGACCGUCUUCACUCCCACGACCCCGAUCUACCAGGCGCUUUUCGUUCUACAUGCGUUAUUUUGGCGUCUGUGGUAUUCAGUCGGGUUGGGAAUUAUGCUAAACCUGCAGUCGAAGGAGAAGAUGUUCACUCGUCACUUUGUCAAAUAUGGCGAGAGUGCCGGCGAAGCUUGGCGCCAGUGGAAAGGCAUGUACCACUUGAGUCUUACCAUGUGCCACGCUUCAUUCAUUGCUGCAUGCUGGAAGAUGUACUCGCUGCCGGAUGACUGGAGCUAUGGCUGGGUCAUGUUGAAGCAUGUCGUGGGCUUCGGUUUGAUUGCCUUGCAGAUCUGGACUGCCGUGAGCAUCUACGAUGAGCUGGGAGAGUUUGGCUGGUUCUUUGGAGAUUUCUUCUUUGACCACAAAGUGAAACUUACCUAUAAGUCUAUCUACCGUUUCCUGAACAACCCGGAACGUGUAAUGGGUUUGGCAGGCUUGUGGGGCGCUGCCUUGAUUACCUGGAGCCGCGCCAUCUUCCUCCUUGCCAUUGUUAGUCAGAUUCUGACCCUGGGAUUCAUUGAGCUGGUCGAAAAGCCGCACAUGCAGAAGGUGUACGGCAGGAGAAACAUCCGAGACGAAGCGGGUCUUACCAAAUUCAUCAAGAAGUCUCUCCCAGCUCCCGUCAAGGGUUGGCAAUCGAGUGUCGACAAGGUCUUGGACGAGACAAAGCACUUUGUUGACGAUGUGGUCGAAGCGGCACGGCCGCUGUUUGCAGCUGGUGUGUCGACUAUUGUGCGAGACACCACUCAGCUCUUCAACAAAUAUCCGGCACGACUCACCAUCACUCGACUGUCUCCAGACUUGGCAGGCUACGACCCCAAGCAUUACUCACUGUCAGUAGAGGGCACACCUUCACUAUCGGGCAUCAAUGAGCGUGCUACUGGAAAGGAGAGCUUAACUGCUAGAGUUCCUAAGGAUGUUAAGACAGCAGUCUUCGAGUACGGUGCACCGAUCAGGGUCAAGUGGACCGCCCCUGCGAACCACAGCAAAAAGGAUUGGAUUGGUCUGUACAUGGUCACCGACAAUAGGUCUCGAGACGUUACGGAGGUCUCGUCUCUUGGGCGUUGGGCUCCGACUGUCCCUGGUGGCUAUGAUAUGGCGAGCGACAAAGGAGUGCUUGUGUCUGAAAAGCCAGUACCUCAGUCAGGAGAUUCCGAUGUCAAGCUUGUACAAGGCGAGAUGAUAUUUGAAGGCGAUAGGCUCUGGUGGACUCAGGGUGUCUUUGAGUUCCGACUCCACCACGAUGGUCAUCAUAACGUAAUGUCCAUCUCGGAGCCGUUUGAGAUUAAGAUUAGCAAAUUCGACGAGGAGGAUGUACAGGCUGAUUCUGGAGGCCUUUACCAACAAGCGGUGGAGUCGGCACUGCUUCCAAUUGUACAGAACUGUCUGGACCGCGAUCCUGAUAUUGCCCCCAACACGGUCGAUGAGCCUUAUGGAAGCCACGUCGAAAGGGACAGCAAAUAUGCGAAGAGAGUCGUCUAUGCUAUCCACCACAUGUUUGGUAUCGAGUUCGCGCCAGCGGUAGUACCGGCUGAUGGCAACGUCAGGAAGCUGGCGUGGAGGAUAUGUAAUGCAAAACAGGUUCUUGCUCCGUACAGCAUGUCUCCAUCGCUGGAUGUGGUAGAUGCCUCGUCGGCAGUAGAUCCGACUAUUCUGAGCCUACGCAAGAGUCUCUGCUCAGAAGACUCGCCGCUCCCCGUCCGCUUCAGAGCCUUAUUUUCGCUGAAGCACCUCGCGACCAACUCCACCGGCCAGGAUGCGCUCGCCGCCAUCGACGCCAUCGCUGCGGCGUUCAGCUCUCCGUCUGCGCUUCUGAAGCACGAGUUGGCGUACUGCCUUGGGCAGACGGGCAACAUGGCAUCAACGCCGUACUUGCGGCAGGUGCUGGAGGAUUUGGAGGAGGAUACCAUGUGCAGGCACGAGGCCGCCGAGGCUUUGGGCGCCCUGGGCGAUGCGCAGAACCUGGAUAUCCUAAAGCAGUACAGGGAUCGCGAAGGAGAGGACGUGGCGGUCAAGGAGACGUGCGAGAUUGCAAUUGACAGGCUGGAAUGGGAGAAUUCAGAGCAAAGAAAGCAGGAGAAGCUGCGACAGAGUGAUUUCGCAUCUGUCGACCCUGCUCCCCCAAUGCCUGAAUCUAAAAGGACCGUGGACGACCUGGGCAAAGCUUUGAUGGACACUACGCUCCCUCUCUUCCUCCGGUAUCGAGCCAUGUUUGCUCUUCGAGAUCUCGCCUCCCCACCCGACCUGCCUACGGCUGUUCCAGCUGUUCUCGCCCUUGCCAAAGGCUUCGCCGAUGCCUCCGCCCUCUUCCGCCACGAAAUCGCCUUUGUUUUCGGCCAGCUGUCACAUCCGGCUUCCAUUCCUGCUCUAACAGCUGCCCUCAGCAAUCUUGAGGAGGCCAGCAUGGUCAGACAUGAGGCUGCUGAGGCGCUCGGGAGUCUGGGUGAGGAAGAUGGCGUCGAGGAUGUCCUUAAGCGGUUCUUGCAUGACAAGGAGCGUGUUGUCCGGGAGAGCGUCAUCGUUGCCCUCGACAUUGCCGAGUAUGAAAAGGGCGGCGAGGCCGAGUAUGCGUUGAUACCAGAAACUGGAAGCACUGUGGCUUAG